GCACUGCUCUUCCCGUUGCUCUGCGAAUCAGAGAAAAUCGAAACAUUUUACCUCACUCAAAUUAAUUUUUAAUUUGGAUUUUUUUCUUUAAAGAUCCACGCAGAUAAAAGUUAAUACAUUGUCAUUUGUUAAAAUCGUAACUAAAAGUGUUUUAAGACCUAGGGAAGAGGCGACUGCCCUGUGAAGGCGGCUUGCCUCCUCCCCCGAAGAACAAACGCGAUAUUCAUGUGCAGCGAGCCAACUGCCUUCCUUCGGGGAAUCGUAGAGGCGGCUCCGGAGACGACCCAGACCCUGUGCGAGUCUGACUGCGCCCCGGACUCUCCCUGCUAGGCUCCUGACCUGAUUCACGUCGAGAAACAUGAAACUCGCUGCUUACCUACUCUGCCUUUCGUGCGCGAGUCUGGUCUCAGGCCAGCUUUCCAUCGGAAAAAGGAACUUUAAAUGUGGAGGAGUUAAAAGCGGAGUGUCGGGUUUCAUUGGAAGUGAGGGGUUCCCUGGACUCUACCCUGCCAACAGCAAAUGCACAUGGAAAAUUACGGUACCAAAAGGCCGGGUGGUUGCUCUUAAUUUCCGGUUCCUUGAUCUGGAACGUGACACACUCUGUCGGUAUGAUUAUGUUGAUGUUUACGAUGGACACGUCAAUGGCCAGCGGUUGGGCAGAUUUUGUGGGACUUCAAAGCCUGGCGCCAUCAUCUCAUCUGGCAACAAAAUGUUGGUCCAGAUGGUAACCGAUGCCAACACUGCAGGAAAUGGUUUUGUUGCUAUGUACUCUGCAACCAGGCCAAACCAGAGAAAUGAUCAGUUUUGCGGUGGUCGUCUGGAAAAGUCACCUGGCUCCUUUAAAACACCCAACUGGCCAGAUUAUGACUACCCAGCGGGAGUCUCCUGCUCGUGGCACAUCGUGGCACCCAAAAAUCAGAUAAUUGAGUUAAAAUUCGAGAAGUUUGAUGUUGAACGAGACAACUAUUGCCGAUACGAUUAUGUUUCUGUAUAUAAUGGUGGCGAAAACAAUGAUGCAAAACGAAUUGGCAAGUUUUGUGGAGAUAGCCCUCCAGCGCCAGUUCUGUCUCAAGAAAAUGAAAUAGUGGUGCAGUUCCUCUCGGAUCUAAGUGUCACAGCUGAUGGUUUUUUGGCUCACUACAAAUUCAGACCAAAGAAGUUUGUCAGCACAGCUGCACCAGUCACAGCACCAACCGUAACAACCAUGAAGCCAACAGUGCCUCCUUGCCAACUGAAAUGCAAAAGAAGUGGAACAAUGGGAAGCAAUUACUGUAACAGUGACUUUGUUUUAACUGGGACAGUUAUAACUGCUGUAACACGCAAUGGUAGCAUCCAUGCAACGAUCUCUAUUAUAAAUAUUUAUAAAGAAGGGACUCUGGCAAUUCAACAGGCAGGGAAGAACAUGAGUGUCAAAAUAAUUGCAGUGUGUAAAAAGUGUCCAAUUAUUAAACGAGGACUGAACUACAUUUUCAUGGGCCAAGUGGAUGAAACAGGAAGAGGCAGAGUACUUCCUAACAGCUUUGUUGUGCCCUAUAAAUCAAAGAACCAAAGGUUUCUGAACAACUUGAAAAACAGACGAUGCUAAACACACAUAGCAGUGACUUUACUUUCUAUUUAUGAUGCAAGAAAUCUUUCACUGGUUUUAAUUUGGUUUGUUACGAGGUCCUCUUGCUAACUGGUAGGAGACGUUAUAUGGCAAGUAGAAGCAUUCAAAUAAGUUUGAUGGAAUAUAUUUAAAGUGCUCCCAAUCUGGAUGCUUGCUAUGGGUAUUUUAAUCCUCGAACUAGCAGGGGAAAGUCUGGACAGAAAGAUUAGCCCCAUAUUCACUCUGGCUUUGGAACUGUCUAUUCAUAACAGCAAUGACAGAGAAUGAAGCUAUGUAUAUCUUAUAUUCUUUCAUAUCAUAAUAAAUGGUCUUAAGUGCAAUAAAAAUGUACAGCAAAUGAUGUAUUGAAAUUAAUGUUUUAAUCAUUUUUAUUUCUUCAACUGUCAUUAUUUACAGAAUGUAUCUGCUGCUUAAUAAAAAAUAUGGUAUAUUUAGAACUAUUGAAUGUCCUAAAG